AUGUCUGGUCAAAUUGAUUCUAAUUUUGAGGAUGAUGUUGAUUUUGUGCCAUCAACUACAAAUGAAGUACAAUCUGUUAGCAAUACAGUAGAUGAAACUCAGAAUCAGAGAAAAAGAACUUCUCGUGCAUGGGAUCAUUUCACACGGGAAAAAAUUGAUGGAAAAAUUAAAGCAGUUUGCAAGUAUUGCGAGCGUAAGCUGGUGGGAGAAACUUCUAGUGGGACUAGGCAUUUAAAUUCUCACGUGAAAACGUGUCCUGUAAGAAAGGCCCAACUUGCCGCCAAUCCUAGUGCAACUGCAAGCCCUUCGGUUUCUUUUAAUUUUGAUCCUGAUUUAGCAAGGACCAAAUUGGCUCAAAUGAUCGUUAAGCACGAAUAUCCCUUGUCUAUGGUUGAGCAUAGCGGGUUUAUAGAAUAUUCAAGCACUUUAUGUCCCAUGUUUCAAAUGGUGUCAAGGAAUACAAUUAGGUCAGACAUUAUGAAAAUGUAUAAAACUGAGAAAGAAAAGUGCGAGCAAAAUUUGGAAAAAAAGUAG